AUGGUUUCCAAUAUCCUCCUUCCAUGGGAAUUGGAAUCGGAAAUACUUGUUAGGGUUCCGGCCACAUAUCUAAAACAUUGGCGGUUUCUCUGCAAGCGAUGGUACGCUUUAUUCAAAGAUCCUAAAUUCACCAAGAAGAACUCGAGUUUAGUUAAAGCAGAAACGCGUAUGGUCUUAAAGAGAGAUCAAUCUAUUUAUUCCUUUAGCUUCAAUAUCUCUGGAAUCCACAACAGGUAUGAUCAGUUUAUUGAGUUUACAGGUAAACUUAGGAAUCUAAAGAGUUUAGAAGAUGUUAGGAUACAUGAAAUAUCUUACUGUGAAGGUUUAGUCUUGUGCACAACCAAAGACAACAGGCUCAUAGUUUGGAACCCUUGUACUUGUCAAACAAGCAAGUGGAUCAUACCUACUACACGUUACACUUCAAUGCUCUCUAAGAAUUUUCUGGGAUACGAUAACAACAACAGCGAAUCGUGCGUUAGCUACAAAAUCUUGAGCAAGAACACCACAGUUUCCAAAUAUGAAAUGUAUGAUUUUAACUCUGAUACAUGGAGGCUUCUUGAUGUCGGUACUGAUCAUGAUAAGUGGUGCGUGCAAUCUAGUGGCGUUUUCUUUAAGGGAAAUACUUACUGGUUAGAUUAUGAUAAUGAAGACUUUAAUUUCAUACUUAGGUUUGAUUUCACGACAGAGAGAUUUGAACGUCUGUCUCUACCUUUUGUGAGUGAUGAUUAUGAUGACAAUUUAGCUUUAUCAGUUGUCGGAGAAGAGAAACUUGCUGUCUUAUGUCAGCUGUUAGAUUGUGAGUUUGGUGAGAUGAAGAUAUGGGUGACCAAUGCUGUAACUGAUGGAUCCAAAGACUUGUCGUGGAGUGUACUCGUAGAUUUUGGUAAACUUGUGAAAAAUAAUAUGACGAAUGUGACGAGUUUCUUGGUGGACGAGGAGAAUAAAAAGGUCAUGUGUUGUGCUGCUGACAUGGACGAUGAACAAAGGAUCACAAUUCACGUUGUUGGAGAGGGUAUUUGUAAACAAGUCUACAGAGAGGUUACACAAGGAUCAGCUAAUGAUUGUCCACUUCUCGUCGGUUAUGUUCCAAGUUUGGUUCACAUUCCUGCAAGCCAAACUAAUCAUGGUGUCAAAAGAAAAAGGUGA